AUGUCGUCAACCUACGCCGACUGCGUGACCUCGUUACGUUCAUCCCUCAAAUUCCUCGACUCCUCCGUCGAGACGUUGGACAAUGCGGUGUCGGAUUUUCCGCGAUUGAUUAACGUAUUAAAGACUGUCAGGCACUACGAACUCAUCCCACAAUCGACCCUAGCCGCAGCCGAGGCCUCCCUGCGAGACGAGAUAGCCCCCCAGAUCUCUCUCCUCCUAUCCCGAGCAGACGCCCAGAUGGAGAGACAGGAGAGGCGGAUAGAGACUCUCAAGGCGAGAUCGGAACUGCAGCAGGGCAGGCUCACGGCACCGGAAGACGAGACCGCCCGUGACAACGACCCCAAGAGGUUGAGGGGUGGCAGAUCGGCAGCGGCAGCGGCAGCGGCAGCCCCGGGUUCGAGGGGGAGACUGCUCACGGGGGAGGAGAAGCUGCGUGCCAGGGCGGCCAGGCAGCGCAAGGAGGCUCUCCGCUAUGGCGUCGAGAGGUUGGAGCUGGAGGUCCUGCAGAAGGAGAGGGAGCUGCGUAAGAGGUUAGAGGGCUGA